AUGGUUACUUCGGAAGGGGAAAUGGAAUCCACGAGUGGCGAUUUGAGCAGUCCACGUGGCUGCCUGAGAGCACAGUUGAAGAAGCCUGGCGAUCAGAGGUUUCGCCACGUGGCCGAACGUAGAACGGCUGGUCCACAUACUUUGAUUUCUCCAACAGCUAACACCUAUCGGUUUGAGGGUAUGGCCCUCUCAGUCUCAGUCUCAGUAGCCUUUACCUUUACCUUUGUACCAUUAAUUUUCCUAACUCUGUUCCACGCCAAUGCCCAGUUAUCUGAGCCACCAUUCGCUUGCGAUUGGUCGAACCCAUCCUCCAGAUCCUACCCCUUCUGCAACCCAAAGCUUCCAAUCUCUCAACGCACCAAAGACCUUGUUUCUAGACUCACAUUGGAUGAAAAACUCUCCCAACUCGUUAACACAGCCCCUCCCAUUCCGCGACUGGGUAUUCCCGGUUACCAAUGGUGGAGUGAAGCACUGCAUGGCGUUGGAAACGUUGGUCGUGGCAUUCGCUUCAAUGGCACCAUCUCCUCUGCCACUAGCUUCCCUCAAGUUAUCCUCACUGCAGCCACCUUUGACUCCCACCUCUGGUACCAAAUCGCCCAGGCAAUUGGAGUUGAAGCGAGGGCUAUCUACAAUGCUGGGCAAGCUAUGGGAAUGACAUUUUGGGCUCCGAAUAUUAACAUAUUUAGAGACCCCAGAUGGGGGAGAGGACAAGAAACAGCUGGCGAAGACCCAUUAGUGUCUUCUCACUAUGCAGUUUCCUAUGUCAGAGGCCUUCAAGGAGAUUCCUUCAAAGGAGGAAAAUUCAGGGGUCAUCUUCAAGCUUCUGCUUGUUGCAAGCAUUUCACGGCUUAUGAUUUGGACAAUUGGAAGGGCGUCGAUCGCUUUGUUUUCGAUGCUCGCGUUACUUUGCAAGAUUUAGAGGACACAUAUCAACCUCCAUUUCAGAGUUGUGUACAGCAAGGACGAGCCAGUGGGAUAAUGUGUGCUUACAACCGCGUCAAUGGGGUUCCAAACUGUGCGGAUUUCAAUCUCUUAACCAAAACCGCCAGAAAACAAUGGGGUUUCCAUGGGUAUAUUACGUCGGAUUGUGGAGCAGUGGGGAUCAUACAUGACAAGCAAGGGUAUGCAAAAUCACCAGAGGAUGCUGUAGCUGAUGUUCUUCGGGCUGGGAUGGAUUUGGAAUGUGGUUCUUAUUUGACAGACCAUGCAAAAUCAGCAGUGCUGCAGAAAAAAUUACCUAUAUCUGGAAUAGACCGUGCUCUUCACAAUCUGUUUUCCAUUAGAAUGAGGCUAGGCCUGUUUGGAGGAAAUCCAACCAAGCUCUCAUUUGGCAUGAUUGGUCCCAAUCAUGUGUGUUCCAAAGAGCACCAAUAUCUAGCUCUUGAAGCUGCAAGAAAUGGCAUUGUCCUCUUAAAGAACUCUGCAGCACUUCUCCCACUUCCAAAAACAAGCCCCACUACUUCCUUAGCGGUGAUAGGUCCCAAUGCCAAUGCUUCUCCGCUAACUCUUCUAGGAAACUAUGCUGGCCCUCCUUGUAAAUAUGUCACAAUAUUACAAGGGUUUCAGCACUAUGUUAAGAAUGCGGUUUAUCACCCUGGCUGUGAUGGUGGACCAAAGUGCUCUUCAGCUCAAAUAGACCAGGCAGUUGAAGUUGCAAAAAAAGUUGAUUAUGUGGUGCUAGUUAUGGGGUUGGAUCAAAGCGAAGAGAGGGAAGAACGUGAUCGUGUUCACCUUGACUUGCCAGGCAAGCAACUGGAACUCAUCAAUAGUGUUGCCAAAGCCUCUAAGAGACCAGUUAUUUUGGUGAUCCUUAGUGGAGGGCCAAUAGAUAUCAGUUCUGCCAAAUAUGACCCCAAAGUUGGAGGCAUCCUCUGGGCCGGUUACCCCGGGGAACUUGGAGGCGUUGCACUUGCACAGAUUAUCUUUGGUGACCACAAUCCAGGAGGAAGAUUACCAAUGACUUGGUACCCAAAAGAUUAUAUCAAAGUACCAAUGACAGACAUGAGGAUGCGAGCUGAUCCUUCAACCGGUUACCCUGGGAGAACUUACCGAUUUUACGAGGGUCCAAAGGUGUAUGAAUUUGGCUAUGGACUAAGCUACUCAAAGUAUUCCUAUGAGUUUGUUUCUGUGACACAUGACAAGCUUCACUUUAACCAAUCAUUCACUUAUAUGAUGGUCGAAAAUUCAGAAAACAUCAGAUACAAAUUAGUUUCAGAGUUGGGUGAAGAAACCUGCCAAAGCAUGUCAGUCUCAGUCACGGUGAGAGUUGAAAAUCAUGGAAGCAUGGUGGGGAAGCAUCCUGUGUUGCUAUUUAUGAAACCAAGAAAACAUAGAACUGGAAGUCCCGUGAAACAGUUGGUGGGUUUCCAGAGCGUAUUGCUAGAUGCUGGGGAGAAAAACCAUGCCAGAUUUGAGCUAAGUCCUUGUGAGCAUCUUAGUAGAGCAAAUGAGGCUGGUGCUAAGGUAAUAGAAGAAGGGUCUCAUUUGUUGCUCGUGGGUGAUCAAGAAUACCCAAUGGAUAUCAUUAUCUGA